UAGUCACGGGUGGCUCAGGGAUAUCAGUAGUUUGUAUAGUUAUCAUAUUUACCGAUUACGGUAGUUUGGUCACUGACCAGUCAUUUAGCAAUUAUUGAUUGAAAUAGUUUAUGUGCCAAAUGUUAGGAGUAUUGGUUGGUGUUGUAUAUGAUAUAUAGGCCUAACCAUACCAUUCCCUUGAGAGCACCCGUACAUUGAAACUGUUGUAUAAGUAUGAGUCAUGUUAGGCAACAAACAUAUUUGUUUAAGAGAUUUAUAUAACUACUGUGUCUAAAACUGAUUUAUGAGAGAGAAGAGAGAGAAUGGCCAGCAAUGGUAAUGAAGAGACGGUAGAGUACAUACCCCGUCCCUAUCAGGUACAACUUUAUAUGGCAGCCAAAGACCGUAAUAUUAUAGCAUGUCUGGGAACCGGUACGGGAAAGACGUUUAUCGCAAUACUGUUGAUGCGCGACCCAAAGUUUGCCGCUGCCCUACGCGGACAAUACCCUCAAGAGGCUAAACGUACCGUUUUUAUAGUACCGACACGAACUUUGGUCACUCAACAGGCGGCUGAAGUUAAACGACAUUUUGAUGUACGCGUCAAAGGAUAUACCGGCGAUAUGGGUGUCGACUUCUAUGAUGCCCAUCGAUGGACAACUGAGUUAAAGAAUCAGGACGUUAUUGUUAUGACUGCACAGAUAUUAUUGAAUAUGUUGAACCAUCAAUUCAUUACUUUUAAUAAUAUAAAUCUCAUGAUUAUGGAUGAGGUUCAUUGGGCGGCCAAGAAAAAGGGCAAAAAAGAGUCGGGCCAUCCGUACAAACAGAUAAUGAAAUUGUAUAACGAAUGUCCUGUUGGUCGCCGCCCGCGAGUACUUGGAUUGUCUGCCAGUCUUAUUAAUAGUUCGAUGCGUUUGGAUCUGUUUGAUGCGGCCGUCAAAGAUCUGGAAGAGACAUAUUGUGCUGAAUGUAAUACAUCAGAAGUUGCCCAAUAUUGUGGUACAAAUCCAGAGGAACGCGUUUGGAUUUUUAUUAGCACACCGGCCUCUCCCAGUCCAACGGCGCGGAGUGUAGUACAAGCUUUGGAGUUAUUUAUAGAUAAUUUGAAGAAAUUAAAGAGAACUGAUGGAAAUUCAAUGAUAACUCACGCCACAAGAAUUAAAAAAUGUUUGACAAAUGUACGUAAUAUGUUGGCCGAUCCGGUUAACAAAGUGGUGACAAAUCCCGAAACCAAACAGGAGUACAUUAUUACUAUGACAUGGAUGGGUGUUUGGUGUACAGUGUUGGCCAUCGAUAAAUAUAUAUCCGAGUUAUCACAAUACAGGGAACUCUACAAACAAAUAAAUCCAAAUCAUUCGGCACUAUUUGAUCACGUAAUACAAUAUUUAGGUUUGAUUAAGAGUCAGUUUAACAAUGAACUGAAUCCCAUUCAAUAUCCGAUGGCAGCGUAUGACACGGCAUCACCUAAAAUGUACAGACUUUUAGAAAUUCUUGAAACAUACCGUCCCAUAGGUAAUGAAAAGAGUCAACUGUGCGGUAUUAUAUUUGUCGCCCAGCGAUCAGUAGCCAAAGUAUUGGCUGAAUGGCUCAAUAAAAUUAAAGAACUAAAACCAACUGAGUUUGGUUUUCUGAACGUCGAUUGGGUAGUCGGACACUCAAACCGACCUGGAUUUGAAUCGUUGGUCACAUCUUAUACCGAUAAACAACAACAAGAUGUAAUCGAUCGCUUCAGAAAUGAGUCACUAAAUCUGAUUAUCGCCACUUCAGUACUCGAAGAAGGACUUGACAUACGAAAGUGCAAUGUUGUCAUAAGAUAUGAUCGUUUAAAUACAUUUAGAGAGUAUCUACAGUCCAAAGGUCGUGCAAGAGCUGAGAAUGCCUGCUAUUAUAUGAUGACAUCUGAAGAAGACAGAGGCAAACUUAUAAACCAAUUAAAUGGUUUCGCAGAUAUGGAAAAACAUAUUGAAAAUCUGAACAAUAUUUCCAGAGUUGACGGCGCUAUUGUGUCACUAAUUAAUGAUGAAGAGGACGAAGAUGAUGAUGAACAGUACAUCGAUGAAAGAACCGGUGCUCGCGUAACAUCGAGAACAGCCAUAUCUUUGAUAUACCGAUACUGUGCUCUAUUACCGAGUGAUUCGUUUACCAAAUUGACGCCUAUAUUCAAUAUUGAAGGCAUCGUUAAGCCAUUCAAAUGUUCUCUAAAAUUGCCGGUUAAUAGUCUGCUAAAAGAAACAAUUUAUGGACAGUCGUGUAAAUCGAAAAAAGGUGCCAAAAAGAGUGCCGCUUUUGAAGUAUGCAAACAAUUGCAUCUAUUGGGUGAACUAAAUGAAAGAUUUUUGCCAAUCAGUAGAGAACAAUUCAUUGACAAAUAUGUCGAUAAAUUAGGUCUCAAUAUAAGAGUAAUCGAUAAAGAGGACAGUGAUGUAGCAAAAGUUGGUACUCGAGCUCGAAAUCAAAUCUAUGAAAAACGAUUGACACAAGUGUUCACAUCACAAGUUUCUUCAAAUUAUUAUUUGCACAGAAUCUCUAUGAAGUUUCCUGUAUUUGGCUGUUUUAGUGGCCAAUAUAAAGAGUUUGGUCUUAUAACUGGUCAUCCAAUUGUCAACCGAUGCUCAUUCUCAGUGUUUGCUCCCAUCAGAGAGUACCAAACAAUAGAGAAGGAGAAUAGUUUUGCCGUCAAUGUUGACUUCAUGCCACUGACUAAGCUAUCGUUUAAUGAAAGCCAGUUAGAGGUGAUUAGAAAAUUUCAUUUAUUCACAUUUGAAGAAGUCAUCGGUAUUGACCCAAAUGGACAGUUAGUUUUUAAUACUGAGGAAUCUCAGUUUAACUUACUGGUCGUUCCGUUGAUGACAAACAAGCAAAUUGAUUGGAAAUUUAUGGAUAAAGUCAAUAAUUGUGAACCAAUUCAACUAAAGACUUUGUCCACUACUGAACGGUUGAAUUUUAAAUUUGACGCACAAUUAUAUAAAGAUUGUGUGUUCUAUCCGUGGUAUUGGCAACCAGACAAUCCUCGACCUGAAAGACCGACAUUAUAUGACUCUCUAAGUGUAACCAAUUUAACACCAAUGUCUCCGUGGAAAGGAAAGGAUGAACAAUACAAAACGUUUGAACACUACUAUCUCAAAAAAUAUAAUUUGAAAAUAAACAAUAAAAGUCAACAAUUACUUGAGGGGAAAAUGGUUAAGAGGUUAUCACAACUCAAGUCAUUUACUUUAGAAAAGUCAGAUCCAAACCGUAUACCAGAAUAUUUUGUACCGGAAUUGUUGUACAUUCAUCUCUUUCCAAGCUCUCUAUGGCGACAGGCUUUAUGUUUACCGGCCGUACUUUAUCGGUUGAAUCACAUAUUUUUAACCGAAGAAUUGCGACAAAAGAUUCAUUUAGAGACAAAGCCACACAUCGGUUGCUUGAAUUCAUCAAAGAAUGAGUUAUCAUUAACUUUGUCUUCAGAUAUCAUUGAAUUUCCUCUCAUUGGAAUAAAACGUCUUCAUAUCGAUGACUUAACGAUCGAUUGCGAAGGACAUCCAUUUGACUACGCAAUGGACAUGAAUGAAAUGCAGACGUUUGUGAUGCCAAAGAGGAAGAAACGACGAGCCAAUUACGCUAUUUCCACUGUUACACCAACUGUCACAAGACUUGGAUCAAACAGUAUUGUCACAAAUCUAUCUGUUGUUAACAACAAUAACAACAAUUUCAUUAAUAGAUUAUUGGAUUUUACUGAAGCUGUCAUAAAAAAAUUUACUGAUAUUUUAAAUAACAUCAGAAUAUCAAAUCCACGAUUUGAUUUAGACAAAUAUGAAUUAGAGAUUCUUUCGGCAAAAAGUGAAUCACUAAAGGAUAGUGAGCUUAAAUAUGGUGAAACAUAUCCUUUUAUAUUUACCGGUGAUAUUAUGCCAUACAUUGAACGCUCAUAUGAUUGUCGAGUGGGUGAACCCAUCAUUGGUCCUUCAGCUGAUGUUUUGCUUAAAGCUCUGACAUUAUUGAACGCAAACGACGCUUUUAAUUUGGAGCGUUUGGAGACAAUGGGCGACUCAUUUCUCAAGUUUGCCACAACUGCUUUUCUAUACUAUGCCUGUCCCGAACUAGACGAGGGACGGUUGUCUUACUUGAGACAGAUCCAGAUCUGUAACUGUAAUCUAUAUUAUUUGGGUAAUCGCAAAGGCAUUGCAAACUUAUUAGUGGCUCAUAAAUGGUACCCAAAAAUUAAUUGGUUGCCACCAUCCUAUCAUAUCGAUGAUGAGUGUGAUUUGCAAUUGUUAACAAAAACCAAUGAUGGCUAUAGAUAUCAAUUGGUUAACGAUAAAAGUAUUGCCGAUUCUGUGGAAGCACUUAUUGGCGCUCACUUAUUGGUCGGCGGAACUAAAUGUGCGCUAAUUUUUAUGGAAUGGUUGGGUCUUAAAAUAUCCACUAAAAAAGAUAUCGAUUAUUUAAACACUAGAAAAUUGGAUGACUCGAAACAGUUCCAGUGGCUACCGGAGCCCAAGAAUCCUAUUUGGAAUACUAGUGCCACUGAAUAUGCUAUAAACAAAUUCAUAAUGAAUGAGUACACUGAUUGUAAUUUAAAUAAUUUCGAGAAAAUCAUUGAUUAUACGUUCAAUAAUAAGGCAUUUAUUAUACAAGCGUUUACACAUUCGUCAAACAUUAGCAAUCAGUUUACUGAUUGCUACCAACGACUUGAAUUUUUAGGCGAUUCCGUAUUAGACUAUCUAAUAACUUAUCAUAUUUAUAAUAUUGCCGAUAAAAAGUUUAGUCCGGGAGAGCUAACCGAUCUGAGAUCAGCACUGGUUAACAAUAUAUUUUUUGCCAACAUUGCCGUGAAAUUUAAUUUUCACAAAUAUCUUAAAGCAUUUUCACCGGAUCUCUAUCAUGCUAUCAAUGUAUUUGUCAAAAAGUUUGAAAUUAACAAACGAGACGCUAUUUAUCAUUGUUUCCAAGCUUUGAGUGAUGAAGAGGUGACCGAUUUGGAAGAAGUCGAGAUUCCUAAAGCUUUGGGAGAUAUAUUUGAGUCAAUAGCCGGUGCCAUAUAUUUGGAUAGUGGACUGUCAUUGGAUGCGGUUUGGAAAGUGUUUUAUAAACUACUUAAACCAGAAAUAGACUAUUUUAGUGAGAAUAUUCCCAAAAUGCCUGUUCGUGAGCUUAGAGAGAAGUGUGAAAAUGCAGAGUUCAGUAAUGGCGAGCAAAUAAGUGGCCGCAAAAUACGUGUUGUGUUGUCUGCUAAUGGCCAUCAAUAUUCGGGAAUCGGGAAGAACUCUAAAUUGGCCAAAAUUGCUGCCUCUAAGAGUGCAUUGAAAGCUAUUGGUUUAGAUAAAAAAUAGUUAGAUAUCUCUUUACCGUAAUUGUGAUAUAUUUAUAAAUGGUUU